AUGGACGCCCGUAAGGCGCGCAGAUGGGACGUCGUUCUCCCCCUCCGUAUUGGUCUCGCGCAACCCAACCUCGAAAGUCUCGAUGACUACCUCUUUGAACAUUGGAACGCUGCAAAAGUCGCAGAGACGUUCAGGCCUUCUACCGCGUCCGUCAAAACCGUGCUCGAAUGGCUGGAGGAUGAGGGUCUCGAGGCGAGUCGGGUGAAGCUCAGCAAGGGUGGUAGCUGGGUCCACGCCAAUGUGACUGUCGCAGAAGCAGAGUUGUUGCUCGGUACGGAAUAUCAUGUCUACCAGCACAGCGAGAGCGACGUCGAGCACGUUGCCUGCGUGGAGAAGUACCAUCUCCCGGAGCAUGUUGCAGAGCAUGUCGAUCUGGUCAUGCCGACUCUGCAUUUCGAUGUGCACAUGGGCAGGAAGCGGUCGGUGGACAAGUCUAUUGGUCAACCGGGCGCUGGUAUCGUCACCCCGAAGCUCAUUGGCGAGAUUGACUCUGCGUUGACGAACCAGGAUCUGACUGGGUGCGACAAGCAAAUUACGCCCGACUGUCUCCGUGCCCUAUAUGGGUUCGACUACACACCUGUUGCAACGGACAAGAAUAGCAUCGGCAUUGUCGAAUACACGCCGGUAGCGUAUCUGCCGGCGGACAUGGACAUGUUCUUUGGAAACUAUUCAUCAAGUCAGGUCGGCCAGCGACCGGCUCUGGUGAGCGUUGACGGCGGCUACGAGCAGACGAGCUUCCAGGGCUUCAGUAUCAACGGAGAGGCGAACCUUGACCUUCAGUACGCCAUGGCGCUCGUAGGUCCUACGCAGAAUGUCACCCUAUACCAAGUUGGGGAUCUUGUCGAGGGCGGAUCGUUCAACAACUUCCUGGAUGCCCUGGACGCUUCGUACUGCACGUACGAUGGUGGUGAUAACAGCUCGUUCGAUGGCAUCUACCCUGACUCCGACUACAAGAGUCAGGACUGCGGCACGGCUCCACUGACCAACAUCAUCUCUACCUCGUACGGCUACACCGAAGCGCUUCUCGGCUCGGCGUACAUUCAGCGUCAGUGCUACGAGUACGGCAAGCUUGGUCUCAUGGGCGUCACCUUCCUGUUCUCCUCCGGCGACAACGGCGUCGCAGGCAACGGCGAGUGCAUGGACGCGAACGGCGCAGAGUCUUACUCCGGCACGCGAUUCGACCCCGGCUUCCCCGGGACGUGUCCGUACGUGACGAGCGUCGGCGCGACGCAGAUAUCCCCCGGCAACACCGUGGACGACCCGGAGGUAGCGUGUGACCAGAACAUCUACUCCGGCGGCGGCUUCUCGAACGUGUUCGGGCUCCCCGAGUGGCAGGCGGGCGCGGUGCAGAACUUCCUGGACACGUACCCUCCGGCGUACGCCCCGGACGUGUACAACUCGUCAGGCAUCUCGCGCGCGUUCCCCGACAUCGCCCUCAACGGACUGAACUACUCCGUCGUAUCGAACGGGCGCACGCAGCUCGUCGCGGGUACCUCCGCGUCGGCCCCUGUCGCAGCCGCCAUCCUCUCCGGCGUGAACGACGCCCGACUCGCCGUCGGAAAGAGCCCCAUCGGGUUCAUCAACCCUACGAUCUACAGCUCCAACUUCACUGGCGCGUUCAACGACAUCACCGCGGGCAACAACCCCGGCUGUGGUACGGACGGCUUCUCUGCGCAGCCAGGCUGGGACCCCGUCACCGGCCUGGGCACGCCGAACUUCCCCAAGCUGCUCGACCUCUGGCUAGCGCUGCCGUGAGCGACCCGCAGCACACCAUUCACUCACC